CAACAUCUCUAUCCUCUAGCUCUCUAACUAAGAUUCAAAUUGAAUUACAUUAAAUUAAACCCCCACUAUCUAUCCCUCUCUUCUCUAACUUCCUCACCCCGCACUUUCUCAUCUCAAUCUCAUGCAGCCGCCACCAGAAAUGCAGCAAGACCUUAACUCCCUCUUCGACUCUCCUCAGAUCCAAAUCAAUCAUCAUGAUCUCAACAACUUUCAACCCACUCCUCACGACGAUUUCCUCAAGCAAAUGCUCUCCACCACCAAUCCCUGGUCCCUCGACGCCGCCGACGGUAAUGUGGCGGCUGCUUUCCCCUACGACGCUGAACACGCUAACCUCGCCUCCAAGUUCCGUAACCACCAGAUCAGUGACAAAGCCCUCAUGCUCCUCAUGUCAACCGCUGCUGAUUCUGGACUCCUCCACAUGCCGCCGUCGCUGGGCGGCGCAGGAGGAUUUGAGUCCACCCCGAACGACGGCUUCAACGGCUUCACUGGAUCGAUUCAGGAACAGUCCAACCAGACUCACCAUUUUCAACAUCCUCAGGGGCAGAGUUUUGGAGCUACGCCGAACCAGGCUCCGGCGGCUGGGAACCCGGGUCCGCCGAAGCAGAGGGUGAGGGCUAGGAGAGGUCAAGCUACCGACCCGCACAGCAUCGCAGAGAGGUUACGGAGGGAAAGGAUCGCAGAGAGGAUGAAGGCUUUGCAGGAACUGGUUCCCAAUGCCAACAAGACAGACAAGGCCUCCAUGUUGGAUGAGAUCAUCGAUUAUGUGAAGUUCCUACAAGUCCAAGUCAAGGUAUUGAGCAUGAGCAGAUUGGGCGGAGCAUCGGCCGUCGCUCCACUUGUCGCUGAUAUGUCCUCCGAGGCAGGAGGAGGCGACUGUAACGGCACUAGGUCCCACCCCCGGAACUCCCAGAAGAUGACAGCUUCAUCCUCCAACGACAGCCUCACCGUGACGGAGCAGCAGGUGGCCAAGCUCAUGGACGAAGACAUGGGCUCCGCCAUGCAGUACCUCCAGGGAAAAGGUCUCUGCCUCAUGCCUAUUUCCCUCGCCACCGCAGUCUCCGCCGCCACGUGUCACGCCAGGAACCCUUUGAUGAACGCGGGCCACAACAUCAACAACAACCCUAGCCCGGUAAUUGGAUCCAACGGUGAUAAUGGGCCCUCUUCUCCCGGCAUGUCCGCGAACAGCAUUGUCAAAGAUGCAGCGUCCGUUGGUUGACUUUUGCUUUGUUUUUUUUGUUUUUUUUUUUUUGAAAUGUCUUUUGCUUUGUUUGUUGGACGUGAAGAAGUGCGUGCUGAAGAAACGCAGAAAAUGACGUGGUGGUGGAAUUUCUAAAGUCUAGGAAAAUGAAACGUCACUAUCAUCGGGUGGACCUACAAUGACGACGUCGUAUUUGCCUUGACUUUGAUAGAUGCUAUUUCUAGUUUCAACUUUGAGUUAAUUAAUUAAUCGCAACUCUGUCAACUUUCUAUUCCUUGAUCCGAUCUUUUUCUAUAGUAUUUGUUUUUUCCUCCA